AUGGGGAAAGAUUUGAGCGAUGAACAAGUUUCCGCCAUGAAAGAGGCCUUUACCCUCUUCGAUACCGACGGCGAUGGCAAGAUCGCCCCAUCGGAGCUCGGGAUUCUUAUGCGUUCUCUCGGUGGAAAUCCUACGCAAGCGCAGCUCAAGUCCAUAAUCGCCGAGGAAAAACUCACAUCUCCCUUUGAUUUCAACAGGUUUACCGACCUAAUGGGGAAGCACCUCAAACCGGAGCCCUUUGAUCGCCAGCUUCGUGAUGCGUUUAAGAGCCUGCGGAGUUCGAUGAGUGGAUCCGAGAGAUUGAUGUUGGAUCCGAUGGGAAAAUCAAGUAUGAGGACUUCAUCGCAAGAAUGGUUGCUAAAUGAUUUGUUAGAGAUGCUGCUGAUGAAAUACUGUGUGCUUCUCUGCCUUAUUUAGAUUUUAUAUUUUGGUGUGGUAAUUUACUUAAAACUCUGGUUCAGAGUUUUCUGCUUGCUAGUUUUGAUGAACUAUUUGUAUUUGGCGAAUAACCCGAAAUUUGUGCACACAUUUAUCCAUUUUUUUGCCUUACUUCUAAACAGGGUGCUUGUGAAUAGUUUUGAUUUAAAUGUUCAUGUAAAACACUGGUAAUUUGGUAUCUA